CACACCAGCAUCCUUCUAGAGAACUGAGACACACAAAGAACGAUAAUCCAUAACAAACGUGAGAGACCUGAAUAUGGCUUCCAAAACUCAGAUACUACUAUUGCUAGUGGCUGUAAUGAUUACAAGUUAUGGUCUUACCAAUGCUGCUGCUGCUGACACUGCAACAAAUACAACAAUCAACUGCACAACCAACAGCACGACCAACUGCACAGCCAAUGGCACAACCAACUGCUCGGCAAAUGGCACGACCAACUGCUCGGCCAAUGGCACGACCAACUGCUCGGCCAAUGGCACGACCAACUGUACAAACUACGGCAUGACCAAUGCCACGGUCAACGGCACAACCGCCAGCACAACCACCAGGACUUUUAUAACUGCAGGCUCCAAAGUUACUGCCAUCAACUGCUCAACCAAUGGCACGACCAAUGGCACGACCAACUGCACAAACCACAAUAUGACCAACGGCACGAACUACAGUAUGACCAACAGCACAACCACCAGCACCACAACCACCAGCACAGCAGCAACCAGCACCACAGCCAACAGCCCAGCCACCACCAUUUCUACUGCACCAACUCUUUCACCUAUGGGGAUCGUAGGAAUGUCUGGACUUUUGAUCUAUAUUGUCACCUCCACUGCGGUUAUUAAACUCUUCCACCAGACAUGAUCAUCAACUCCAUUUGACAAACCGCCUAUGUUUGUCAAAUAUCUAAAACACAGAUUACCGAUUUUUUUGUUGUUGCUCAAACACUAUAAAAAACUAGAAAAAUAUAU